AUGCUUCUCCCUCCCGACAAGCACUCGGGAUCACAAGAUGCGCUCAUUCAGCCUGAAGCAGGGUCUUCCACCGCUCCGCCGCCGCCGCCCUUCCAAGACACACCACCUUUGAUUGAUUUCUCGGAAUCGACCCAGCCCUUCGUCAUCUUCCCGGGCGGCGAAGAACCUCCGCCUGCAUUCACUCCUUACGAAGCAGAAUGUUUCGACACGGGCUCAGGUGACAUCGUCUCUCACGACGCGCAUCUAAACAGCGACGGUGAGGCACUCUACCGCUUCCUGCUCUCUCAAGCCGUUACACCACCUACAUUCCGUCUGCACUGCAGAGGGUCUCAUACAGAGACGAGAUACCGACAUGUAUCUGAACGGGAUUCAGAUGGAAGAACACGAACGAGACGAGAGAGUUAUACUGAAACAAUUGUCGACUUCGACUUCUUGAUAGACGCCAGCAGGCUCUCGGGACCCACACAUUGGACGGUUGAUGACACAGAGCCAGUGUACCGAGGAGGAGUAGUGCGUGAGAUAGAUGGUGUCGACAGAAAGCACAAGGCUACUCGAGCGGAAGUGAAACAGUUCAAGAAGUGGAGAGAAGAGCGUUCGGCUCAAGGACUGCCGCCUUGGGUCACUAGUGGUUAUAUCGUGGACUCCGGCGAUAUGCCUGUGCUCAAAUCCUCUCGCACACUAAGGCAAUGGGCAGACGAGUACUGCGCCAGUCCAAAGCUACUCAAGGAAUUCACAUACGAGAAAGUGGUCUAUGGUUGGAACAUUCGUCAGCUCGAGCACGCUGUCCGGGCCACCAUUCUCGCUACACCGUAUCACGGAGAUCUGAUCGUGGAGUUCUGCACUGGGGCCUCGAAGGUUUACGUUCGACCGGACAACCGCUUGUCGCGAAUGCUCUCAAAUAAGUGGAUCAAAGUCCUCCUGUGGAUCACGUUCAUCUAUCCUUUUAUCUGGCUCUUCAAACGAUUUCACAAGCAAGGCGGUGGCUCGUGGUCUGUUUGCGGCGGCGCCUAUGCUCUGAAGGACGAAAGCCUCCCUCCUUACAUCCCGUCGCCGGAUGGUGCAGUGGGAGCUUUGCCUCAGCCCAGCGGUGGCAGGCUGAGGGAAGGAGAAUGGUUCCGCAAAUGGCAACCGACGAUUGUGAGAGCUGUUGCUACGCACUAUGAGUCCUUUGAGCCGCUGUACAACACGUUCGAAGAGGCAGUCCCGGAGGCUUAUGCGCUGGAUGGGUUCGGUGUUGUUGGAUGA